AUGGCUCCUCUAAUCUCCAUAAAAUCGGACGAUGACAAACUCGAAAUCGUCAACCAGCUCCUACUGCCGCACAAGACGGAGUUUCUGGAGAUAAACAGCGUCGAGGAGGCCCACGACGCGAUCAAGACCAUGAAGAUUCGCGGCGCGCCAGCCAUCGCGUCUCUCGCUGCCCUCUCUGUCUCUCAGCACCUCACGCGAGCACUCCGUGCCGCCGAACCACCUGCCUUCCUCUCCUCGCCCUCCGCGCUUAAAUCGCACAUCGACACCACCCUCGCGUAUUUAUUUACUGCUCGCCCAACUGCUGUCAACCUCGGUGCAGCCACUCGGCGCUUAACGAAGACGCUCGACGAUGCGAUCGCCGCUGGGAAGGUGCCGCGGGAGAUCGCGCAGGAGCUCGUGGCGGAGGGUAGGGCCGUCGCAGACGAGGAUGUGGGGAGGAACAAACUCAUGGCCAAGUGGGCUGGCGAGUGGCUGCUGCAGCGUGUCGCCGAUCGCGGCCUCGACGCGAGCAAGGGUGUCAACGUCCUCACGGUGUGCAACACCGGCUCUCUUGCGACCUCGGGAUAUGGCACUGCGCUAGGCAUGAUCACCUACCUCCAUGAGACGAGGAAACUGCAAAAGGCGUACUUCACCCAGACUGCGCCGUACCACCAAGGCUCACGAUUGACCGCUCUGGAGCUCCAGACGCUCCAAAUCCCCUCUGUAAUGAUCUGCGACACCAUGGUUGGCUCUCUCUUCCAGCACCACGAAAUACACGCCGUCGCUGUUGGUGCCGACCGAAUCGCAAGGAAUGGAGACACGGCGAACAAGAUCGGGACGUACAACGCAGCUGUUCUCGCAGCGCGGCACAAAAUCCCGUUCAUCGUCGUCGCUCCAAUCAGCACAGUGGACCUCGACGUGCACGACGGCUCCCAAAUCCCGAUCGAGCACAGGCCCGCGCUCGAAGCGUGUCUCGUUCGGGGCAUACGGUACCCCAACGAAGGCGGUGAGACGGAGCAGGUGCAGGUAAUGAUCACCCCUCAAGGCCUGGAGGGCAUAUACAACCCAAGCUUCGACGUCACGCCUGCUGAGCUCAUCAGUGCUAUCGUCACGGAGAAGGGUGUUGCUGUGAAGGAGAAAGGUGCAGAGGGUUUCGACCUGUCGCCUAUCGUAUAA